UGUUCAUUCGUUAAUAAGACAGUGAUUGAAUAGGACGUACUUGAGUCGUAAAAGUGUAAUUAAUAUCAAGUAUAGCGAAAUCAACAAAAUAUAGCAAAAUAAAUAGUAUAGUUAAAAAAUAGAAAUCAGGAACAAUGGCCCGUACUAAGCAGACUGCUCGUAAAUCAACCGGUGGAAAAGCUCCCCGCAAACAACUUGCUACUAAGGCAGCUCGUAAAUCUGCUCCUUCAACCGGUGGCGUAAAGAAACCCCAUCGUUACCGCCCUGGUACAGUGGCUUUGCGUGAAAUUCGUCGUUAUCAAAAAUCUACUGAAUUGCUGAUUCGUAAAUUGCCGUUCCAGCGAUUAGUACGCGAAAUCGCUCAAGAUUUCAAAACUGAUUUGCGUUUCCAAUCCGCUGCCAUAGGUGCUUUGCAGGAAGCAUCUGAGGCAUACCUAGUAGGUCUUUUCGAGGAUACUAACUUGUGCGCAAUUCAUGCCAAACGUGUUACCAUUAUGCCGAAAGACAUUCAAUUGGCUCGCAGAAUCAGAGGAGAACGCGCUUAAGCCACAAUUUCUCUAUUUAUAAUCUUAAAAAAUAAUGAAAAUUUUCUUAAUUACAUCAUACAAAAUAAUAAAUAUGUUAUACAUUUAAGGUUGUUUCAAGAAAUUUAAAUGACCGGUUUCGGUGCCCUUACAUUUUUUGAUUCUUAAUUUAAAAAGAUUUUAAAAUCCAAUGAUAAAAACUAAAUUAUUAACCAGGUACAUUUUUCAAAUUAAAUAUUUGUUUCACAUCUAAUUUGUUAAGAAUUUCUAAAUUUAUAUUUAAUUAUUUGUAUUGAAAUAUGUUUACGUAUAAGGUAGAUAUAAAAUGUACGAGAGGACCCGCCACAAUGGUAUAUACAUGAUCAACAUCUAUAUGAAAUCGGUCCUUUAUUACAUACAUAUACCUAUUAUUUAUACAUUUAUUCAUAAACAGCUGGUUUUUAUUUUCAUAUAAUUAGUACUCAUAAACUGAGCUGACAUUUUCACAACGUAUUUUAUUGUAUUAAGCACUUAUAUAUAUAACCGUAGCAAGUAACCGAAGUGGGAAAUCACUUCUCUUAGUUUUCUAUAUUAUCAGCAAUUACAGUUAAAUUGUAGUUUGUAUAAAAACAUUCAAGAAUAAAAAACGGUUUUCGUAAGAAGGCCACAAACAA